AUGGAGAUCACCGCUGAAGAAGCCAGUAUAGCAAAGUCCUUACGCGAAGUCACCCCAGACAUAAAACUGGGCGAAUCAUUCCUACACUCCGGAGGAGCAAAACCAGUAGCUCCUCGGCGAGACAGGUUUAGUAACGCCGAAGUAAUGAGUACUGUCCGUCGUUGGGACGUACACUAUUCCGGCGGCGAUGCCCUGCACGACUUCUUGGAUCGGAUUGAGAAACUGGCAGAAUGCUACCGAAUCCUGCCAGACCAACUCCUCCCAACCCUGCCCGAGAUUUUACGCGGUAAAGCACUCCAAUGGUUCCGCGUCCAGAGGCAACAAAUAACCACCUGGGCUAGAUUUCGUGCCGGGGCGGAAAAAUUUUUUCUGCCCAAACGACACAUAACGCAGCUAGAAGACACAAUUCGCCAGCGGAAACAGAUGCACAGGGAAAAGGCCAAGGACUACAUCCUCGCCCUCCAAACACUCAUCCGACAACAUCCGGUCAUGUGCUACGAAAACCACCUAGAACGUAUUUAUGACGGCCUGCGAGCCGAAUACCGACUCUUCGUAAAAAGAAGCGAAUUCCAAACCAUCGAGGAGCUCAUGGAGCUCACCGAUGAGUAUGAACUGCUCAAAAACGAAGAAGCCAGACAAAGUAGACAAGCGGCACACAGCCUUUCCACCAUAAGUAACCGGUACGACGCAAGGAACACCUGCUGGCGCUGCAAAAGGCGUGGGCACCAGCGUUACCAUUGUCACUACCCACGGCGACUGUUCUGUUCCCGUUGCGGUCAAGACGAACUUUCUCCAGAAACUGCCCAUGCCCCAAAUCAAUCAAUACCGCGCCACCCAUCGCCCAAGCCACUACAGUGCAAUCCGAAUGGAGAAGUAUCGACGGUCGCUUCUACGCCGACGUCACCAUCGAAGGCCUACACGUACGAGCACUGGUGGACACCGGAGCCACUNGCACGUACGAGCAUUGGUGGACACCGGAGCCACUCUAACAUACGUAGACGACAACACGCGCGUGCAUUUAGAGCGACUCAACAUCCGACUUCAGCCUAA